GUUUUAUUUUUUUUAAUAAUAUAACUAGUGUUUUAUUAAAAUUAUAAUUUGCACAAUAAAUAAAACUACCAUGUAUCAUUUUCUAUUAACUAGUUUAUGUUUAAUUAUUUGUUUUUACAUUAAUUUAAAUGCAGCUACCUGUCCGGCUAACCCAUGGGCCAGUCCACCAGUCAUUGACGAUAGUGUACGACAAAAAUUUAUACCACUAUCCAUAGCUGAGCUAACACGUAAUAUUAGCUCAGGUAUUGAUACGUUGGUAAUUACAAAAAUCAUCCGGGCUAGUAGCCAGGCCCAGCAGGAGCACCUGGAUAUUGUGGCUCAGUACUAUUGGGAAUUUGGUAGCUAUCUGAGCUCAGUCGAAAAAGAUGCCUUAAAACAUGCUGGCUAUUAUACUAACACACCGUACGGGCGCCGGUAUCUAAUGGACGAUGCCUUGUUUAUCUGGUAUUGGAACCAGUAUACAGAUAGACAACUGGCUAAUGGUUGUCCAAUUGAUGCCUUCAAUUUGUCUAACGAUUCAGGAGUACUGGCGAGUCAAUGGUUAGAUACCAGAGCCAAGGUAUUGGCUAAAUUGCAAACGGCUAUCGAUGAGGAAACGGCUGAUCGAUAUAGACAAUUGUGGGCACCGUUUACCCAACAAAUAUUAGACUAUUUAAGAUCAAGUUAUCAGAAAAUUGACCAAAAAUUGGGCCAAUUGUCGGACCAAUCGAUUAAAGUGAAAACAUUACAGAUUAUGCUAAUUGAUAGUCAAUUUAUUUUAAGAGGAUUUUAUUGGAAAUAAUUUUUAUUUUUAUUUAUUUUUUCUUAUCCUCUAAA